AUGCCUCGUGGCCGAAAGCCAAAGCGCGAUGGUGGCGGCAGGAAGCAGCGUGAGCACAAGCACACUACGAGUUCCGACUCGCCGUCGUUAACACGCGGAUAUUUGCGUCGCCACCAUCUCAUCUUCCGAGCGAAGGCUCGACAAGGUCAAAUCUACCCAAGCGAUGCAUCGACAGUGGCAAAGAGCUGUCGGGUCGAAGUGCUGGCUAAAGUGAAGGCUUUUUACAUUGAUAUGAUCUAUAACGUCGACCAAACGCCAAUCUUCUUCGUUUUGUGGGACGACUUCUCAGCCCAUUGGACUAACGAGGAUGUCGAGCGUGCACGGGUAGACGACCUGCAGAGGCAGCUGAACGAAGCGAGCGGUCAUGCCUUUAAGCUGACACCUCCCGACCGCAAGAAAGUGAUUGGACCGUGA